AUGCGCCGAUCUCUCACUCCCCUCUGCUGCUGCUGCUGCCUUCGCUCGGCUCCACGCUCGCUCGGCUUCCGGAGAAAAAAAAUGAACUGUUGCUUUUUUAUCCCCGAGAAAGAGGGCCGGCCGCACACCUGCCCGCUCCCUCCUCCUCCUCUCUCCUGCUCACUGUCCCACCUCCUCCUCCUCUCUCCUGCUCACUGUCCCACCUCCUCCUCCUCUCUCCUGCUCACUGUCCCACCUCCUCCUCCUCUCUCCUGCUCACUGUCCCACCUCCUCCUCCUCUCUCCUGCUCACUAUCCCACCUCCUCCUCCUCUCUCCUGCUCACUGUCCCACCUCCUCCUCCUCUCUCCAUCUCACUGUCCCACCUCCUCCUCCUCUCUCCUGCUCACUGUCCCACCUCCUCCUCCUCUCUCCUGCUCACUGUCCCACCUCCUCCUCCUCUCUCCUGCUCACUGUCCCACCUCCUCCUCCUCUCUCCUGCUCACUAUCCCACCUCCUCCUCCUCUCUCCUGCUCACUGUCCCACCUCCUCCUCCUCUCUCCAUCUCACUGUCCCACCUCCUCCUCCUCUCUCCUGCUCACUGUCCCACCUCCUCCUCCUCUCUCCUGCUCACUGUCCCACCUCCUCCUCCUCUCUCCUGCUCACUGUCCCACCUCCUCCUCCUCUCUCCUGCUCACUGUCCCACCUCCUCCUCCUCUCUCCUGCUCACUGUCCCACCUCCUCCUCCUCUCUCCUGCUCACUGUCCAACCUCCUCCUCCUCUCUCCUGCUCACUGUCCAACCUCCUCCUCCUCUCUCCUGCUCACUGUCCCACCUCCUCCUCCUCUCUCCUGCUCACUGUCCAACCUCCUCCUCCUCUCUCCUGCUCACUGUCCCACCUCCUCCUCCUCUCUCCUGCUCACUGUCCCACCUCCCCCUCCUCUCUCCUGCUCACUGUCCCACCUCCUCCUCCUCUCUCCUGCUCACUGUCCCACCUCCUCCUCCUCUCUCCUGCUCACUGUCCCACCUCCUCCUCCUCUCUCCUGCUCACUGUCCCACCUCCUCCUCCUCUCUCCUGCUCACUGUCCCACCUCCUCCUUCUCUCUCCUGCUCACUGUCCCACCUCCUCCUCCUCUCUCCUGCUCACUGUCCCACCUCCUCCUCCUCUCUCCUGCUCACUGUCCCACCUCCUCCUCCUCUCUCCUGCUCACUGUCCCACCUCCUCCUCCUCUCUCCUGCUCACUGUCCCACCUCCUCCUCCUCUCUCCUGCUCACUGUCCCACCUCCUCCUCCUCUCUCCUGCUCACUGUCCCACCUCCUCCUCCUCUCUCCUGCUCACUGUCCCACCUCCUCCUCCUCUCUCCUGCUCACUGUCCAACCUCCUCCUCCUCUCUCCUGCUCACUGUCCCACCUCCUCCUCCUCUCUCCAUCUCACUGUCCCACCUCCUCCUCCUCUCUCCUGCUCACUGUCCCACCUCCUCCUCCUCUUUCCAGCUCACUGUCCCACCUCCUCCUUCUCUCUCCAUCUCACUGUCCCACCUCCUCCUCCUCUCUCCUGCUCACUGUCCCACCUCCCCCUCCUCUCUCCUGCUCACUGUCCCACCUCCUCCUUCUCUCUCCUGCUCACUGUCCCACCUCCUCCUCCUCUCUCCUGCUCACUGUCCCACCUCCUCCUCCUCUCUCCUGCUCACUGUCCCACCUCCUCCUCCUCUCUCCUGCUCACUGUCCCACCUCCUCCUCCUCUCUCCUGCUCACUGUCCCACCUCCUCCUCCUCUCUCCUGCUCACUGUCCCACCUCCUCCUCCUCUCUCCUGCUCACUGUCCCACCUCCUCCUCCUCUCUCCUGCUCACUGUCCCACCUCCUCCUCCUCUCUCCUGCUCACUGUCCAACCUCCUCCUCCUCUCUCCUGCUCACUGUCCCACCUCCUCCUCCUCUUUCCAGCUCACUGUCCAACCUCCUCCUUCUCUCUCCUGCUCACUGUCCCACCUCCUCCUCCUCUCUCCUGCUCACUGUCCCACCUCCUCCUCCUCUCUCCUGCUCACUGUCCCACCUCCUCCUCCUCUCUCCUGCUCACUGUCCCACCUCCUCCUCCUCUUUCCAGCUCACUGUCCCACCUCCUCCUCCUCUCUCCUGCUCACUGUCCCACCUCCUCCUCCUCUUUCCAGCUCACUGUCCCACCUCCUCCUCCUCUCUCCUGCUCACUGUCCCACCUCCUCCUCCUCUCUCCUGCUCACUGUCCCACCUCCUCCUCCUCUCUCCUGCUCACUGUCCCACCUCCUCCUCCUCUCUCCUGCUCACUGUCCCACCUCCUCCUCCUCUCUCCUGCUCACUGUCCCACCUCCUCCUCCUCCUCCUCUCUCCUGCUCACUGUCCAACCUCCUCCUCCUCUCUCCAGCUCACUGUCCCACCUCCUCCUCUCUCCUGCUCACUGUCCCACCUCCUCCUCCUCUUUCCAGCUCACUGUCCAACCUCCUCCUCCUCUCUCCUGCUCACUGUCCCACCUCCUCCUCCUCUUUCCAGCUCACUGUCCCACCUCCUCCUUCUCUCUCCUGCUCACUGUCCCACCUCCUCCUCCUCUCUCCUGCUCACUGUCCCACCUCCUCCUCCUCUCUCCUGCUCACUGUCCCACCUCCUCCUCCUCUCUCCUGCUCACUGUCCCACCUCCUCCUCCUCUCUCCUGCUCACUGUCCCACCUCCUCCUCCUCUCUCCUGCUCACUGUCCCACCUCCUCCUCCUCUCUCCUGCUCACUGUCCCACCUCCUCCUCCUCUCUCCUGCUCACUGUCCCACCUCCUCCUCCUCUCUCCUGCUCACUGUCCAACCUCCUCCUCCUCUCUCCUGCUCACUGUCCCACCUCCUCCUCCUCUUUCCAGCUCACUGUCCAACCUCCUCCUUCUCUCUCCUGCUCACUGUCCCACCUCCUCCUCCUCUCUCCUGCUCACUGUCCCACCUCCUCCUCCUCUCUCCUGCUCACUGUCCCACCUCCUCCUCCUCUCUCCUGCUCACUGUCCCACCUCCUCCUCCUCUUUCCAGCUCACUGUCCCACCUCCUCCUCCUCUCUCCUGCUCACUGUCCCACCUCCUCCUCCUCUUUCCAGCUCACUGUCCCACCUCCUCCUCCUCUCUCCUGCUCACUGUCCCACCUCCUCCUCCUCUCUCCUGCUCACUGUCCCACCUCCUCCUCCUCUCUCCUGCUCACUGUCCCACCUCCUCCUCCUCUCUCCUGCUCACUGUCCCACCUCCUCCUCCUCUCUCCUGCUCACUGUCCCACCUCCUCCUCCUCCUCCUCUCUCCUGCUCACUGUCCAACCUCCUCCUCCUCUCUCCUGCUCACUGUCCAACCUCCUCCUCCUCUUUCCAGCUCACUGUCCCACCUCCUCCUCUCUCCUGCUCACUGUCCCACCUCCUCCUCCUCUUUCCAGCUCACUGUCCAACCUCCUCCUCCUCUCUCCUGCUCACUGUCCCACCUCCUCCUCCCUCUCUCCUGCUCACUGUCCAACCUCCUCCUCCUCUCUCCUGCUCACUGUCCCACCUCCUCCUCCUCUUUCCAGCUCACUGUCCAACCUCCUCCUCCUCUCUCCUGCUCACUGUCCCACCUCCUCCUCCUCUCUCCUGCUCACUGUCCAACCUCCUCCUCCUCUCUCCUGCUCACUGUCCCACCUCCUCCUCCUCUCUCCUGCUCACUGUCCAACCUCCUCCUCCUCUCUCCUGCUCACUGUCCCACCUCCUCCUCCUCUCUCCUGCUCACUGUCCCACCUCCUCCUCCUCUCUCCUGCUCACUGUCCAACCUCCUCCUCCUCUCUCCUGCUCACUGUCCCACCUCCUCCUCCUCUCUCCUGCUCACUGUCCCACCUCCUCCUCCUCUCUCCUGCUCACUGUCCAACCUCCUCCUCCUCUCUCCUGCUCACUGUCCCACCUCCUCCUCCUCUCUCCUGCUCACUGUCCAACCUCCUCCUCCCUCUCUCCUGCUCACUGUCCCACCUCCUCCUCCUCUCUCCUGCUCACUGUCCAACCUCCUCCUCCUCUCUCCUGCUCACUGUCCCACCUCCUCCUCCUCUCUCCUGCUCACUGUCCAACCUCCUCCUCCUCUCUCCUGCUCACUGUCCAACCUCCUCCUCCUCUUUCCAGCUCACUGUCCAACCUCCUCCUCCUCUUUCCAGCUCACUGUCCCACCUCCUCCUCUCUCCUGCUCACUGUCCCACCUCCUCCUCCUCUCUCCUGCUCACUGUCCAACCUCCUCCUCCUCUCUCCUGCUCACUGUCCCACCUCCUCCUCCUCUUUCCAGCUCACUGUCCAACCUCCUCCUCCUCUCUCCUGCUCACUGUCCAACCUCCUCCUCCUCUUUCCAGCUCACUGUUCCACCUCCUCCUCUCUCCUGCUCACUGUCCCACCUCCUCCUCCUCUUUCCAGCUCACUGUCCAACCUCCUCCUCCUCUCUCCUGCUCACUGUCCAACCUCCUCCUCCUCUCUCCUUCUCACUGUCCCACCUCCUCCUCCUCUUUCCAGCUCACUGUCCAACCUCCUCCUUCUCUCUCCUGCUCACUGUCCCACCUCCUCCUCCUCUCUCCUGCUCACUGUCCCACCUCCUCCUCCUCUCUCCUGCUCACUGUCCCACCUCCUCCUCUCUCCUGCUCACUGUCCCACCUCCUCCUCCUCUCUCCUGCUCACUGUCCCACCUCCUCCUCCUCUCUCCUGCUCACUGUCCCACCUCCUCCUCCUCUCUCCUGCUCACUGUCCCACCUCCUCCUCCUCUCUCCUGCUCACUGUCCCACCUCCUCCUCCUCUUUCCAGCUCACUGUCCAACCUCCUCCUCCUCUCUCCUGCUCACUGUCCAACCUCCUCCUCCUCUUUCCAGCUCACUGUCCCACCUCCUCCUCUCUCCUGCUCACUGUCCCACCUCCUCCUCCUCUCUCCUGCUCACUGUCCCACCUCCUCCUCUCUCCUGCUCACUGUCCCACCUCCUCCUCCUCUCUCCUGCUCACUGUCCCACCUCCUCCUCCUCUUUCCAGCUCACUGUCCAACCUCCUCCUCCUCUCUCCUGCUCACUGUCCCACCUCCUCCUCCUCCAGCUCACUGUCCCACCUCCUCCUCUCUCCUGCUCACUGUCCCACCUCCUCCUCCUCUCUCCUGCUCACUGUCCCACCUCCUCCUCUCUCCUGCUCACUGUCCCACCUCCUCCUCCUCUCUCCUGCUCACUGUCCCACCUCCUCCUCCUCUCUCCUGCUCACUGUCCCACCUCCUCCUCCUCUCUCCAGCUCACUGUCCCACCUCCUCCUCCUCUCUCCUGCUCACUGUCCCACCUCCUCCUCCUCUCUCCAGCUCACUGUCCCACCUCCUCCUCCUCUCUCCUGCUCACUGUCCCACCUCCUCCUCCUCUCUCCUGCUCACUGUCCCACCUCCUCCUCCUCUCUCCUGCUCACUGUCCCACCUCCUCCUCCUCUCUCCUGCUCACUGUCCCACCACCUCCUCCUCCUCUCUCCUGCUCACUGUCCCACCUCCUCCUCCUCUCUCCUGCUCACUGUCCAACCUCCUCCUCCUCUCUCCUGCUCACUGUCCAACCUCCUCCUCCUCUCUCCUGCUCACUGUCCCACCUCCUCCUCCUCUCUCCUGCUCACUGUCCCACCUCCUCCUCCUCUCUCCUGCUCACUGUCCAACCUCCUCCUCCUCUCUCCUGCUCACUGUCCAACCUCCUCCUCCUCUCUCCUGCUCACUGUCCAACCUCCUCCUCGUCUCUCCUGCUCACUGUCCAACCUCCUCCUCCUCUCUCCUGCUCACUGUCCCACCUGCUCCUCCUCUCUCCUGCUCACUGUCCCACCUCCUCCUCCUCUCUCCUGCUCACUGUCCCACCUCGUGCAUACUCUCCAGCUCAUUCCUGA